GCCGCGAGACAGGCGUUAGCCGAGGACGCGGUAGACGCAGCCCGCCCGGUCAGUCUGACCAUGGCUUCUGCACGAGCUCGAGGCCUGCGGGGCCUCCUGGCCGUCGCCGUGCUCCUCCUGGCCACCGGGGCCUCCCAGGGCGCGGGCUGCAAUACGGAGGUAGGAUUCGCGUGCGGCGAGGGUCGCUGCAUCGACAAGAAGUACGUUUGUGACGGCAACAUCAACUGCAACAGCGGAGCUGACGAGCGCAACUGCACGGAGUGUGCGGCCACGGCCGUGUUCUGCGAGGGCCGCUGCGCUCACAGGUGCGACGGCAUCGCGCGCUGCGCGGACGGCGCCGACGAGGUGGGCUGCCCGACGAGGCCCGUGUUCGAGUGCAGCGAGGGCAGCACGGUGCUGGCCUCCAAGCAGUGCGACGGCAUCAAGAACUGCGACAACGGCAUGGACGAGGAGGGCUGCAGCUACCCGGAGGACUGCCGCGGCGGCGCCGUCUUCUGCGACGGCCGCUGCCUGCCGGCGGCCUCGCGCUGCGACCGCGUCAUCUGGUGCUCGAACGGCGCCGACGAGAAGGGCUGCCCGUGGUGGCCGCUGUGAGCACCGCGCCCGGCCCGCGGCCACCGACCCCGCGUGCUCGGCGCGGCAUCCCUUUCGCCGGUACAAUCGAGUGAUUGCAGUGGACUUCAAA